GCUCGAGCAGAGUAAAUCAUGGCUGCGUUCUCACACACACUCACCUCGCUGCUGCUCCUGUUCACACUAACUUCAGCGCAACCGAGAGGAGAUUACGCCACAGACUACUGCGCUCCUGACAUCGCCUUCGGGCGUUACUGUCCCACCACAUGUGGCAUAGAAAAUUAUCUCCAAAAGUACAAGACAGAUGUGCAGAAGGACCUGGAUGAGCUGGAUGUACUCCUGCAGGAGAUUUCCAACGUGACCAAAGAAGCUCAGGAUAAAGUGUUUUAUCUGAAGGACUCAACCACACAGGCACAGAAAGCCUCACCAGAUCUGUACAUCCAGAAGUCAUCAAGCAUACUGGACGAUGUGCUGCAGUUUGAGAGGACCAUCCUCGUUCAGGCGGACCAGAUUUAUGAACUGCAGUCGACUCUGUUAGCUAACGAGAAGCGUCUGACGGAGCUGAAGCAGUUAUCUCUACGGUUGGAGCAGACGUGUGAAGUUCCAUGUAAAGACACAGUGACGAUAAACACCGUCACUGGGAAAGAUUGUCAGGAUAUUGCUAAUAAGGGUGCUAAAGUUAGCGGCCUGUAUUACGUCCAGCCUUUGAAAGCGCAGACGCCGUUCCUCGUGUACUGCGAGAUAGACAGCUCAGGCCGAGGCUGGACCGUGCUUCAGAGGAGACGUGAUGGCAGUGUUAGCUUCAACAGAAACUGGAUCCCGUAUAAAGAAGGCUUUGGUUAUCUUUCUCCUGAUGACAGCACAGAGUUCUGGCUGGGAAAUGAGAAGAUCCACUUGCUGUCUGUUCAGUCCACGAUUCCAUACGUGCUCCGGGUCGAGUUGGUGGACUGGGAUGGAGUCAAAAAAUAUGCAGACUACGCCUCGUUUAGACUGGGUCCUGAAGCUGAUAAGUACCGUCUGACGUACGCUUACUAUUUCGGAGGAGACGCUGGUGAUGCUUUUGACGGGUUUGCCUUCGGUGAUGAUAUCAGUGAUAAACCUCUCACAUCUCAUAACGGCAUGCAGUUCAGCACACCUGACAACGAUAACGACAGGUACAGUGGGAACUGUGCACAGCAGGACGGCUCAGGCUGGUGGAUGAACAAGUGUCACGCUGCUCAUCUGAAUGGAAAAUAUUACGAAGGGGGUAACUACAACCAAAAAGACGUGGGAGAGUUCGGAUUCGAUAACGGCAUUAUCUGGGCCACGUGGCACAGUCGCUGGUACUCGCUGAAGGAGACCACCUUGAAGAUCAUUCCCAUAAACAGAAUCCAUGCUGGAGGCCAGCAGGGUCUGGACUUUAACAAAGGAGACCUCCCCACUCGCUAA